AUGAACGCAAAAUUAGGACUAGGAUCUCGCUUGAAGCAACUCGGAAAACGCGAAACAUGGGAACUGAAGCCGGAACCGUCGACGUUUGCGCCGAAUAGUGCGUACAGUAAUAGAGAUAUGGACCCUGUCCCACCUCAUCUGAGGACUUGGACGACUUUGAAUUUUAUUAUGUAUUGGAUAAGUGACGCGGCAAAUGUUGCAGUUUGGGAGUUGGCGUCUUCGAUGCUUGCUAUUGGUCUUUCUUGGAAACAAGCCCUACCUGCUAUUGCCGUCGGGCACGUCAUCAUAGCUGUGGUUAUGGUUGCGAACGGGACGAUCGGAGCCCGUCUACACGUUCCGUUUCCCGUACUCAAUCGAUCCUCUUUUGGAUUCUGGUUCAGCUACUUCAGCGUCAUUAGUCGUGUCGUUCUUUCCAUGUUCUGGUUCAGCGUACAAACAUUUACGGGCUCGGAAAGUGUAUAUCAGAUGCUGAAAGCGAUCUGGCCCUCACUAGCGAAAAUGCCAAACCACCUCUCCCCAGGCGCACAUAUAACUACCUCAGGGAUGCUCUGUUACAUCCUCUACUGGCUCAUUCAAUUUCCCUUCAUGUUCGUCUCACCUCAGAAAAUCCGUUGGCUCUUCGUCGCAAAGGGUAUCAUCGUGCCCAUUGCGUGGCUUGCGAUGCUCAUUUGGUCGUUCGUGAAAGUCCCGACGGGUGAAGGGUUACUGGUUCAAUCGGCGAACGUUUCGGGGAGUAAGCUGAGUUGGGCUUGGUUGAGCGCUUUGAACAGUGCGUUGGGGAUAUAUGCGACACUUGCGGUUAAUAUCCCGGACUUUACGCGGUACGCGAAGACCGAAAGAGAUCAAUACGUUCAACUUAUUAUCAUCCCAACCGUCUUCACUUUCUGCGGCUUCGUGGGCAUCGCAGUUACAAGUGCCGGUGCAUCCCUCUACGGUACCGUCCUCUGGGACCCACUCACGUUGAUAGACAAAUGGGACAACCGUGCCGCAGCGUUCUUCGCGUCGUUUGCGUUUUGCCUUGCUACGAUUGGGACGAACAUCUCGGCGAAUUCUUUGUGCGCAGGGAAUGAUAUGACUGCUUUGUGUCCAAAGUAUAUUAAUAUUCGGAGGGGACAGAUUAUUUGUGCAAUCCUUGGCGGUUGGGCACUUUGUCCGUGGGAGAUCCUUGCAAGUGCUCCUAGCUUUCUCUCCUUUAUGAAUGGAUACUCCGUCUUUCUGGGCCCUUUUGCAGGUAUAAUGGUCACCGACUACUGGCUUUUACAUCGUGGAAACGUCGACGUCCCAUCUAUGUACCGCCCUCAUGGACGUUAUCGUUACUUCAACGGAGUAAACUGGCGCGCAGCACUCGCUCUCCUUGUCUCCGUUACACCUAACAUGCCGGGUCUCAUCAACUCCAUCAACCCAAAUAUCAAGAUCGGAAAUUCCGUACACGUAUUCGACGUUGCCUGGAUUUUUGGUUUCUUUUCAGCGUCGGUCGUAUAUUAUGCAGCAUCCGUACUAUUCCCAGCGCGCGAAACCCUUUUAGACGCACCGAUCUACGAAGACGGUGUUUGUGUGCUUGAGGAUAAGAGCGUGGGGCGAGUCUCGAUGGAGGUGGACGAAGGGAAGCGUAGUGUGUCAAUUGGCAAAGACUAG